AUGUCCGCCACAGAGGUGAUGGAGGCCGCUCAGGAGCCGUUGACUCUGACGAUGAAUAACGGCCAGACAAUCAGUUUCAAGUCCAACAUUUCCAUUGAAGCAGACGAGAUCCCCAUCAUCGAUAUCAGCGGUAUAUACAGCGAGAACUUUGAAGACCGCAAGGCCGUUGCAGAAAAGAUCAGAGAAGCAUGCCAUCGAAUCGGCUUCUUCUAUGCCAUCAAUCAUGGAGUCGAUCCAUCCCUCACAGAAGGAGUGUUCGAGCAAGCAAAACGCUUCUUCAACCUGCCGGAAGAGAAGAAGAUGGAAGUAUGCACCGACCUCCAGCCGGAGGAGUAUUUCGGGUAUUUCCCCAUGAGUUUGUACAAUCGAAACAACAAGAAAUACUCCGACUUGAUGGAAGCCUUCAACUGGGGCUACGACGCAAAGUACGACCCCAUGGCCACGGACAAGGAUAAAGACAUCCCACACAAGAAUCUCUGGCCUACCGACGUCCCGGGCUUCAAGGAGACAUUACACGCCCACCACACCACGCUGCUCGGUCUGGCUCGUCGGCUCAUGCGCACGUUCGCACUGGCUCUUCACAUGCCGGAAGACUUCUUCGACGACUUUGUGGUGCAUCCGGAAGCUGCGCAGCGGAUCGUCCAUUACCCGAUUCAAGAGCAAUCCGUCGACGACCAGCACGGCAUCGGAGCACACACCGACUUUGAAUGCUUCACGUUCGUCUCCCAAGACCAACAGGGCGGCCUGGAGGUGCUGUCCAAGUCGGGGUACUGGGUCAAAGCGAAGCCGAUCCCUAACAGUCUCGUGGUCAAUAUCGGCGACUGCUUCAUGCGCCAGACCAACGACUUCUUCGUGUCGACGGUGCAUCGCGUCAUCAACAAGAGCGGCGCCGAGCGGUAUUCGUGUCCCUUCUUCUUCGGCUUCGACCGGGCUAAACUGCUCGAGCCGGUUGCUAGCUGUGUCUCCGAGGACAAUCCGUUCAAGUAUCCCAUCAUGACUAGUGGCGAGUAUUACCUGUGGAGGGCGGCGAAGGCGAAGGAGAAGGAGCCUGAGGAGGCGAAAUAG